CUGAACCUGGCGAGAAGAACACAGCGUGGCCCGUCGCUAGGCAACUAUGCUGCAAAUGAAGAAUUAGCUGAGCUAACCACGACACGUUGAAGGAUUUCGAAACGUUUUGUUGUUUUCUUGUCAACAUUUCCCGCUAAACAACAGCACAGCGAGGCUGUCACCUGCACGCCUACUCCACUGAGGCCACUGCUAUCCGUUUCAAUUGUAUCCUAUCCAGCAGCACAACGCUUUAACCAUGCCUCCUCCAGAGACGAUGUUCUGUUCCCAGCAAAUCAACAUCCCCACGGGACUGCCAGAAGUCCUCAAGAACUUCACUAAAGCGGCCAUCCGAACUCAGCCCAAAGACCUGCUGAUGUGGUCUGCAGCCUAUUUUGAAGCACUGGCUAAAGGAGAGACGCUGCCGGUCAAGGAGAGGCUAGAGAUGAAUUUUGGCAACCAGAGUAAAGAUGCUAUGCUGACUCCAGGUCUGCUAAAGACUCUCCACAAACAGCUGUCCUCAGCGGAAACAUGCGGCAGAGAGGAAUUGCAGGACAAAUGGAAGGCUUUGUGUCUGCCCACGGAACAGCUUGAGAACAUGUUGAUACUGGGCAACUUCGGCAUCGACAUCAGCUGCAUGGAGUUUUUUGCUCUGGGCUGCAGUGCUCUGGGAGAUUCUCUCAAGACCUCCCUCAAGGUUGCCUGUGAGAUCCUGACAGAGGAUGAGGAGGGGGGUGCCGCAAGGAUCCCCUUUGAGAUAUUUUCGUUGCUGUGCACCUACCUGGCCAACCUGGACUCGGAAAUGGGCCACAUCGGCAGCUUCCUCACUAGCUUGGAGCCACAAGUAAAACUACAGCACGGAAUGAUCAAACCUCUUGACUUCAUCCAUCGGGAGGAUAUGAAGCCGCCCUGUGACUCAUCGGACUAAAAGUUGAGCAAAACCGUGUCAUGACUUUUGAGUGUAUUAUGGAAACGCCUCCCACUAUAAAAUGAACGUUGUCUAGUUAAAGAAAAAACAAAAUUAAAUUGUGGAACUGGGUGAAGAACAAGAGGGAACCACUACUCCUCCCUUGUCAUCCAAUUGUAACCCUUCUAAUCUUUUAAUGGACCGACGAUGUCAUCAUCCUGGCAUAUUAGAAGAUGCUUAAUUAAUUGCUGCCACAACAACUCAUUUAUUCAACAGUUAAUGGUUUAUUUCCAUGAAUUCAAUAACUAUUGAGCUGGUGACAUGGGUGUUAUCAUUCACUCUCAUGUUGACACAGAGGUUUGUGUGUUUGCACAUGUGCAGUAAUGUGUCUAUUAGUCAUCCAGCUUUAGGGAAGAUGCUUACAAUAAUUGAAGCUAUUUAUAAUCGGCUGUACCACUAUAAAAUAAUAAAAACAUAAUCAAGGGUCAUUGUUGGCUGAUUAAAAUUGGUUUAUUGCUCUCUGGAUUACUGCCAGUGGACUAAUAAAUGUGUCCUUUUUCAGCUGCCAGCUAAACUGAAUAAAAUUUUGUCCUUGCUUCUCAAUAGGCCUUGCUGUUAAGUGUCUUCAGCGUAAAUACUAGGAAGAGCUCAUAAAUCUUGAAAUAAUCAGCACCUUAUUGCCUUUGCUAUAAAAGAGAAAAACACUAACAAUAGAAUCACCAAAGACGCAAGCAAGUCCGUUAACACAUUGAUUUCAUCGUUUGUGCGUGCGUGCGUCUGUCUUCUAGAAGAGAGUUUUGUGAGGCCUCGGGUAUGCAGCAGAAGAGACCACAGGGUGGGCUGUUUUUGGCUGGGGGGAGCAAGGUCGUCUUUCAAUGUCGUGCUACUCUCAGCGUCACUUCUGCUGAGGAAAAGUGAUGAUGGUUUCAUGUUUCAGUUCAUUAGCAAAUGUCAAAUGAAGUACAAGUUACUACUGCGUGUUUAAAAACAACUGUGACAUUUUGUUAAUGGGCAUUCGUGCUGAGAGAAGGUUAUUAGGCACAUUUCAUUGAAUCCAAGAACCAUUCGUUACAGCUGCACAGUUGAGGAAGCGCCAAUACAAAGAAAAUUUCACUGUUGGAGAUGAUCAAAAUGCAUCCCACCAAAUUUGUUCCAACUAAAAAGGAAUUCUAGCCACACACCGAGUUUUAAAAAGUCAUUUUGGGCCCAUAUGAAGUUUGUUAGAAAUGAAGGACAAACGGUGCAACAAUUUCCAGUUUUAAAUCUAAUUUUUCCAUACAGAAUGUGAUGUAAAGUGAAUUUACUUGUUUCAGCGUUAAACUGUUAGCAUCGCAAGAGUUUUAUUUACAAGUGAUUUGUAAACCAAAUUGUAACAUUCCUGACCGUCGUACAAGUGUGAAGUAACUUUGCUCGUCUUAAGCCAUUUUGCUUUUAGGAACAUGCUCUUAGAAUUAUUGAAUUGAAGUUUGAUCUGUUGUAUUGCUCUUAUUGUACUCAGCAGCCAGACCAUUUCCUGUGCCACAAUUUAAUCUCUUUCUGGUUAUCAUACCACUUUUCCGUCACUGCAAUACAUCACAAGAAACACAAAUGGAAGAGGCUGAAUGUCUGCACAGUGAUGGUUUGAAUUGUGUUUCACUUUCAAAGCAUAUCUUUCCCACAACAUUUUAAUUCAACUCCUUCCACUUCGGAUAUUUACAAGCAUUGUUAUAAACACAUAAAAUGUGAACACGGUCCGUAUAAAACUAUGACGUCCACAUAAAAAUCUAAAGCACAACUUUAGAUUAUGAAUCAAUUAUCUAGUAUGCAUGACAGUGUCAGUCAUUCCAUUUGUGCAGGUGAAUAAACAAUGCAAAGAGUCCAACAAGAGUAUUUAUGUGCAGUACUUGUGUCCACAAGUGAUGAUACAUUGUUUACACAAAUAGAACUGUUUGUGUGUUUGACUCUUGUCCUAAAAGAACUUGUUGUUAGCCCCCAUAAUUAAACUACAACUUCCCAUUUCUGGUUUGUUCGUAAAUGGUCCGGAAAGUACAGUUUUGUUUGUCCACAAAAAAGGGCCAGGCAAGACAGCCAUCACAUUUACAGCCCUCGGUGGCCCUCUGAAUCAUCCACCAAAGGACUUUGGUUUGCUUUGAUUGUACAUGAGAAAAAAAAAAAAAUUGUUGUAUGUAAAAUUGAUGGUGUGGCUAAAGUUCUGUUAAUUGCUACUUGUGCAUUGCAGCAUGUGUAUAAAAACUUGUUUUCUUCCCUGUACUUUUUUUUUUUUUUCUUCCAAAUUUACCAGGCAGUGUUUUAAUGUCACUUUGUAAAUAGGAAUGUGGCAAUAUUUUGAAGUUUUGUUUUUUUUUCAUUUUAUUUAUUUUUUUAAAUAUUGUAACGUUCAAAUUCAUGAGUCACUUUUCAUAAAAACCUCAGGCAUUUGGAAAUAAAAAGAUAAAUUUUCUUUACCUUUUUCUUUUCAAUGGGACCUAUUAUGAGAAAAAGUGAGGGGAAGUGCACACCCUCAUAACUGGAAAUGUCGCUCACAUUCAAAUGGACGCACAACUCCCACUUAAAGUGCCUCUGAUUAACCCCAAAUAAAGUUCAGAGGUUUUUCCUCCAUCUCAGUUGUAUUUUACUA